GUCCCACUCGGGGCCCUGUACGACGCGCGCUGCGGAGAGCUUGAAGCGCGACAGACACUCGCGUGCCAGGAGCGCGUUCAUAACGCGGAGAUUCUACAUCUCUUCAUUCAGCAGCAGCAGAAGCAGAGUGUGUGUGUGUGUGUGAGAGAGAGAGAUAAAGCGCAGUCAUGUCCGAGACGCGCAAGAGGAGCAGGAAGCGCUUCGGCGGACACGCGCAUAAGAAACAGAAGGGCUCCCGCGAGCUGGAGGUGGGCGCGCAGGGGGUGCUCAUCACCUGCAACAUGAACGAGCGCAAGUGCACGAGCGAAGCCUUCAGCCUGCUCAACGAGUACGCGGACGCGCUCUACGGCCGCGAGCAGCCCGCAGACACACAGGACAGUCUCAGUGAGGAAGAGGAGGAUGAUGAAGAUGCAGAAGCUGCUCUGAAGAAGGAAGUGUCUCAGAUACAGAUGUCCAUGAAGACACAUCAGCAGAGGUUCACUGCGGUGGACAGUGGAGCCAAUAACGUGGUGUUCAUUCGCACUCAUGGAGUCGACCCAGAGCAGCUGGUCCAUCACAUCCUGUCAGACCUCCAUCAGACGAAGAAGAGGAAGUCACGUGUGAUCCUGCGCAUGCUGCCGGUCAGCGGCACGUGUAGAGCGUUUCCCGAGGACAUGGAGAAGUUCCUGAGUGUGUUCCUGGAGCGCUGGUUCAGAGCGCCGCAGCGAGCCACAUACCAGAUCUGCUUCAAAGCUAGAAACAGCAGCCACAACAAGAGAGAGGAGGUCAUCAAAGCAGUGGCUGGUCUGGUGGGGAAGCUGAAUCCGCUGAAUAAGGUGGAUCUGACCAACCCUGAGCUCUCCAUCAUCAUCGAGAUCAUCAAGACGGUCUGCUGUGUCAGCGUCCUCAAGGACUACACGCUCUUCCGCAAGUACAACCUGCAGGAAGUGGCCAAGGAGCCAACCAAUCAGAGCACAGGCCCGCAGGAAGCAGCCAAUCAGAGCACAGGCCCGCAGGAAGCAGCCAAUCAGAGCACAGGCCCGCAGGAAGCAGCCAAUCAGAGCACAGGACCGCAGGAAGCAGCCAAUCAGAGCACAGGCCCGCAGGAAGCAGCCAAUCAGAGAACAGGCCCGCGGGAAGCAGCCAAUCAGACGCAGGAACACGGGGAUGGAGAGAAAGCGGAUGGGAGUGCAGAGAGCCACGACGUCUCCGCCGGCAAUGGGACAAAGGAGGCGGAGCUUGAGUGACUGUGUGUCACAUGACUGGCUGUUUUUAAAAUCAUUUUUACAGUUUGUGUGUGUUGUUUUUUAAGCAGUGAGUUUCACACUGUCCUUUGUCUUCUGUUUUUACUUCUGUUUGUUGGGUGAUAAUAACAGUUUCUGUUCGUUGUAUGGGACUCUUGUCAUUUUGGACACAUUUUCCUGAAAAUAAUACAGACGUGUGGAAAUCAAAUAAAACAAGUGAAAUCA